GAACUGAAGUGAGUCAGUCUGUCCGUGUUGUGGAUUAGUGACGGUUGUGUUGAAGUGCAUACGAAGUAUAUUUUUUUAAUAAAUCCGAGUGUUUUUUGGAGUUCAUGAUGUCGGAUGAAAUUGCAGAGAACGGAACAGCGAACGGAGACGUCCCAGAGAUCGAACUUAUAAUAAAGGCAUCCACUAUCGAUGGCCGGCGGAAGGGAGCGUGUCUUUUCUGUCAGGAGUAUUUCAUGGACCUUUACCUCUUGGCAGAGCUCAAAACUAUAAGUUUAAAAGUGACAACAGUCGACAUGCAAAAACCGCCACCAGAUUUCCGCACCAACUUCGAGGCCACGCAUCCGCCAAUCCUCAUUGACAACGGUCUGGCUAUCCUAGAAAAUGAGAAGAUCGAACGGCAUAUUAUGAAAUCUGUUCCCGGUGGACACAAUCUGUUUGUACAGGACAAGGAGGUGGCGUCGUUGAUCGAGAACCUGUAUUCGAAGUUGAAACUGGUGUUGGUGCGCAAAGACGAGCAGAAGUCCGCUUCGCUGCGCGCGCACCUUCAGCGCAUCGAUGCACUGCUUGAGCGCAGGGGGACCAGAUUCUUAACCGGAGACACGAUGUGCUGCUUCGACUGCGAGCUUAUGCCGCGCCUACAGCACAUCCGCGUCGCCGGCAAGUACUUCGUCGAUUUUGAAAUACCGACGAGUUUCCGCGCUCUCUGGCGUUACAUGUACCACAUGUACCAGCUGGACGCGUUCACACAGAGCUGCCCCGCCGACCAAGACAUCAUCAACCACUACAAAUUGCAACAGUUAUCUACAAAAGGUUUGAUCUUGUCGCCGACGCUGACAAGGCAACGCAAAGAGGACGCCGCGACGACGGCGCUAAAGAUGAAGAAACAUGAAGAACUCGAAACGCCAACGUUUACGACGUCCAUCCCUAUCGACGUCAAUGAUUCGAAUAACUCCGAACAGUAGAACGAUAGAUGAGCAAAAACUGACCCUCGGUACAAUAGGCUUUAAGCUGAAUUUUUAUUGUUACUGAUUUGCCAAUAGUAAUUAAAGUCCUUUCCUUAGGAGUUUACCGAGGAUCCAAUUCAUAUCACUCCUAUGUGAUAUCUCUUCCUGCACCUUACUCAAGUUGCGACGAGAUUUGGGUGAAAAAGUAUUUUUUUUUUGUAAUUUUUUAUAAGUUUUGACGUUUGAUUUUAAAUACGGUAAAUCUAAAAGAUUGAAUAGUUUUGUGCAAUUAAAAUUAUAAAAUUGAUGGAAUCAUGUUGUUAUGGAUGAUUGUUAAAAAGCGGCUCUUUGAAUUUGAUUGAAAUGAUAAUGUAAGUCUGAUUUCCAAGUUCCGAUCCUCUGAAUUUUUUCUCUCGUUAACACGAGAUGUUAUUGUGGCCAUUUUGAUUGGUUAUAAUUUAAACAGCUCUUAUUUACCAAAAUACAAACAUUGGCUGAGGUUAUUUUGUUACUCUACUAGCAACACUCACCUUAAAAUUAUUCUCUUGUAUUUAUAUAGAGGUUGUUUUUUAUAUUUUUAGCUCGGCAUUCAAACAACGAAAUCACAUUUGGAUUAUUGAGUUGUAUUCACAAUUUAACCUUUGGCUUACAGUAUUCAUUUUUCAACCAUCUUAGUUUAGAUUUUAGUUAAGAACUUCGGCCAUUAUAAACACCUCUGCCUGUACGGUUUGGUAAUUGCAACAAUUAUUAUUCUUACUUAUAUUUAUCAAUAUAAAGCAUAUUGAGUGCUCUUGCCUGCCUCAAAGUUACCUUUUUUGAAGGUAGUAUUUAAGUACUUAUCUUUUAUACAUAGAUUCAAUCUUAAUAUGUAUGUGUUUAGAACAUAAUUACAUAAGUUGUCAAUAAUAUGCAUAAUUUAAAAGCACUAAUUAUUCUAUGUACACCAUAUGAUAGUAAAUUAUUUUUCAUAAGAUUGAGUAAUUAAAUAGUGAUGGGAAUCACAUUUGUUUUAACAUCAUUUAAACCAUUGGUGUAUUGAUAUGUAUAGCUUUCAUAGUUCAUGCUUGAUUAUUUGUAUUGUAAUCAAUUUUGUAUGGAAAUAUGUUUCAAAUCUUUCAGCUAUGUUUUACGACCCUGUUGACCUCCAACAUAAAUGCUUUAAAAAUUGACCACCUGAAUAGAAUCCCGAAAGUUAUUAUAAAUUUUUAUUUUAAACAUUAUAGAUUAUUUUGUGAAUCAUUUAUUAUUUAUAGUACACAAUAGACAAGGGCGAGAGACAUCAACAUGUCAAUUGGACAAUGUAUAAAAUAUUAAUACUAGAUUUUAAUAUAAUGUUAAGGAAUAAACCUGGAUAAAUAUUAUUAUUUUUUUA